UGCUGCGCCGCCCGCGCCGCCCGCUCCCUGCCCUCGGCCUCAGCACGCCGCCCCGCUGAGCGGCCAUGGGUGCUGCCGGGCGGGUGGUGUAGGGCCCGCCAGCCUCGGACCCGUGUCCCGCACCCGGACGGUCCCGAGUCAUGGGGGUGUUGAUGUCCAAGCGGCAGACAGUGGAGCAGGUGCAGAAGGUGAGCCUGGCUGUAUCCGCAUUCAAGGAUGGGCUGCGGGACAGGCCUUCCAUCCGACGCACGGGUGAGCCACCCGAGUCCUGCCGUGGCACUGUAGAGGGCUCUGUCCAAGAGGUGCAGGAGGAGAAAGAAGCAGAGGCAGGCACCUCAGUGCCCCUGGAGGAGAGCAGUAUCAACCGUGCUGCCUGGGAGCGGCUCCGAGAUGGGCGUGGCGUGGAGCCUGAAGAGUUUGAUAGGACCAGUCGUUUCACACCCCCUGCCUUCAUCCGCCCCACCCGGAAGCUGGAUGAUGACAAGCCUCCAGAUAUCUGCUUGGAGCCCAGAGAGCCUGUUGUCAACGAUGAGAUGUGUGAUGUCUGUGAGGUCUGGACAGCUGAGAGCCUCUUCCCAUGCCGGGUCUGCACCAGAGUUUUCCAUGAUGGCUGCCUGCGCCGCAUGGGCUACAUCCAGGGAGACAGUGCAGCGGAGGUGACCGAGAUGGCCCACACAGAAACAGGCUGGAGCUGCCACUACUGUGACAACCUCAACUUGCUGCUCACUGAGGAGGAAAUGUACAGCCUCAUGGAGAUGUUUCAGCAGUGUAAAGUCAUCCCUGAUUGUUCCCUGACGCUGGAGGACUUCCUGCGCUACCGCCACCAAGCCGCAAAGCGGGGAGACAGUGGCAGGGCCCUGAGUGAGGAGCAAGAGGAGCAUGCAGCCCACCAGUUUGCAGCCCUGGACCCUGAACAUCAAGGCCACAUAGAGUGGCCAGACUUCUUGUCCCAUGAGUCCCUCCUCCUCCUGCAGCAGUUGCGACCCCAGAACUCUCUGUUGAGGCUUCUGACAGUCAAGGAGCGGGAACGAGCCAGAGCCAUCUUUCUGGCCCGGGGCAGCGGGCGCACUAUCAGUGAGGCAGAGUGCCACCUUGCCCGGCACUCCUGGUUCUGCAAACGCCUCUCUGAGGCACCCUCCUGCAGCAUCAGCAUCAGCCAUGUGGGUCCCAUAGCAGACAGCAGCCCAGCCAGCAGCAGCAGCAGCAAAAGCCAGGACAAGGCCCUGCUACAUGCAGAGCAGGAAUCCAGAUUUGUGGACUGGCCCACCUUCCUGCAGGAGAAUGUCAUCUACAUCUUGGCUGCUCGCCCCAACAGCUCAGCCAUUCACCUGAAGCCCCCAGGAUAGCACAGAGCAAAGAAGCUCAGCUUGGGCACAGCAGUGUUCUCUCCCCUCCUUUCCUUUCUCCCUUUCCCCCAUCAACCACUGGCACUGAGACUGACGGAGAUGGGGUACUGCCAGCAUCUUAAUUUGUCACUAGGCUUUAUGGCACCAAAAUCACCAUUCUCCCCACAAUAGAGGCAGUAAAUGCAUUGCCACAGGGAGUAGCCCUGGGAGCAGUGGCAGCAUCUGCUCCUGGGCCACAGGCCUUGAGGGUUCCCUCCCCUGCACUCACAUCAUAGCUGGCAUCCCAGAUUGAACCUACCACCACAUGCAUAUAUAUGUAUGCACACAUACAAAAACACACCUAGUUGCAUAUGCCUUCAGAGGCCUAGUUCUUUUUGGUUGAAAAGGACCCAAGUCCCUUUGUGAAGCCCAUAGUAUAGAUGAGGAGGUUUCUACUUGCAACUUCUGUUGGCCAAUUCUGAUUUCAGAUAGAUAAGUCUCUGGCCAAAUGAUUCUUAAUAAGGGGUCAUAUCAGACUCACAUGCCCUGCUGGAGAUGCUGACAUGCCCCUUCUACCCCCAUUGAGAAUCCCUUUCAUGGUGAGCCACUGUUCCUACUUGGGGUAUACUAUAUCUUUCUGGUGUGUUGGGUGGGGAAAUUGUUGAAAACCAUCACUGCAGUUUAGCCCACUAUUUACUUCAAUUCUAAUUCCUGGUGACAGAGAAGGCUACUAGCCUGUGGAGUCCUGAUUAGAAAAGGAGGUAGCACCUCUCAGCAACCUGGAAUUCAAGAAACUCUCAGCCAGGUCACCCAAGUCCAAAAGUCUAGUGGAAAAGUCAAAUGCCAGGGAGAGCCCUCCUGGCCCCUCUUUUGCAGAAAAGGUUUAUGGCCCAGGCCCCAAAGGGGCCUGAGUAGAGCAAGUGUGCUGCUAGGAGUUACAGCUCUCUGUUAGAUGCUGCCACAGAGACCCAAAGCCUGAGCUCCAGUGAGGACAAGGUCUGGGUGGAUGAGAAGAGGAGGCGGCUCAUGUCCUGCCAUCCACUUCAGCUCAACUGAGCCUUAGAUCUUGAAAGGCAUACCAUGUACUAUUGUGUGGAGACCAGAACCAGCCUCUUCAACAGUCCAAGAACAGCUUCACAGAAGCCCUGAGCUAGGGCAUUCCUUUCAACCAUCCUGACAAUGAAGAUAGGGUGAAGCUAAGAAGAAAAUUUGCAUUUGAGCUCUCCUGAGCAGAGAAAGGCCCAGCAAAGCCUCCAGAAGAAGGUUUUUCUUCUUCCCAUCACUGAGACAUGGCCUGAGUUGCUGCUGCUCCUCACUGCUCACUGCUUGUCCUUCCCACCAGCCUAGGGCCUUGGCCUGGCAUGGGAAGACUUUGGGGAAAGCAGAGGUUGCCACAAAGGCAUGAAGCCUCGUCUCCACGUCCCACCUCCCCUUCCUAGUUUCUUGUCAUGUUCUCAAGUCAGUGUGUAUUGUGAGUCAGCCUUGGCCCUGGGGUCCAGGUUCCAGGUUUCUGUUUACAACCUAUUGACUUCAGUGUCCCCAGUGGGACCACCAAGAGUUAUUGAAGAGGUCAUUGAGCUCAGUCUUGCAGAAACUAAUAUAUCCCCAUUGCUUGAGGCACUUUCUUUCACUGAAUUGGGUACUUACCGAAGAAGAAGCAUACAGCCCUGUGUUGAGAUGCUCAGAGGAAAGGGGAGGCCACAAAUAAGGCAUUAUAAGAGAGCUCUAUAAUCUCAUCCUAUAGAAAUGCCUAACUUAGAAGCAUGGUAGUAAGCUUCUGGAUUGGACUGUUUAAGACUGAAAUGAAUCAGACACUCAGAAGAUGGGUCUGGGUUCAUGUGUGAGGCCCUGAACACCUCAGAACCCACAGUUGUUCUGUAAAUACUCCUCAGCUGUACUCCAAGGACUGAUGAGUAAAAGGGGCCAUUCUGCCCAGCCAAAAAAUAAAGCAUAUGACUUUUGGGCCCAAGGACCACAUUGGAAGCAGCCAGGCCUGGGGUUUUGCACUGAGAAAAUUAAAGCACAUUAAGUAUAGGGGCUCUUACUUUGCUGGUGAAUCACUCUGUUUGCUAAUGGCCUUGGGCUUCUUGACCUCUUGGACAAAGCAUUUUGAGAAGAGACAAGUUCUGGGUUUUGAGAGAUGAAUAGUUGUUUUUUUUUCUUUUCUCCUCCUGCCGCCUCCUCAGUCACAGGAACGUGAACCUGCACAGAUCAAGGUGAUGCUUAUCUCUGGAGCUACUGCUUCUAACAAAAAAAAGUGCUGGUCUGGCAAAUUGGGCCAAGGGUUCAGGCCCUUUUGGGAUCAGGCCCAUUUGGGAUCCCCCUUCCCCUCUUCCAGGACAGCAAGUUGCAGAGGGCCCAAGGGACAGCUGCCAGCAAAGAAUAGAGUUCCCAGCCUGCAAGAGUCAUAUGAAGCAGAAAAGUACAGAGGAGCAACUGGCCUAUUCUCCUUAGGCAUCUAGCUUGUUACCAGAGGUGAGGUCCCAUUGCUCCCCCAUUCUAGAAUUGCAGAAGCCCCAACCCAAUCCCACUGUCCAAAAUUUCCUCCCUUUGCAGUGUGUAUGGAGAUGUUCAGACCUUUCUAAACCUAGUGAGGCCCAUUCCCUAUCCUCUUCAAGCCCUUCCACUGUGUGGCUGACUGCAGUUCUGCCAAGUACAAAAUUAGUGUCUGACUCUAACAAGGGUAUGAGAAAAUGUUUCAGUCUUUUCUUCUUGGCUGCCCCAAAAUGAGAUCACUGCUUUUCCUAAGCACCACCCACCUGGCCCCCCAGCCAAGGGAAGCUUGGGUUACAUAUGUGCUCCUAUGAAGACCACUUGCCCUCAGCCUGUAUUACACCCAGGAGUCCUUUUUCCGUGCUCAUAUUUAAGUAAAGGGGCAGCUAGAUGAGGGGGGUGGAGAUGCAGGUACAGAGGUCAGCUGAGGGAGUAGCUGUUGCUGUAUAACCUCUCUGGUCUGCUCCUUGACUUCCUUUCCUAAGGCCAGUGUUCCCAAACAACUUCAGGCUCUGAAAUUUUGAGCAAUGGCUUCCUUUGGUAUCCCAGGGAUGGAGCAGUUCCCUCACUCCUGGGUACUGAUCCAACUCUCAAGUGCUCUUCUUCCUUUGAGGACAGCCACAGCAGAAGCCAUGAAUGAACCCACUGCCUCUUCCUGUCCUCAGCCCAAGCAACUGGGGCUGGCAGGGCAGACUCUGGCCUUUCUGGCCCUGUUGCCCCAUAUGGGAUGCCCCUUCUGGCCUUUGUGUGAGUGGCCAAAUCUGGAGGUUCUCCCAUUCAUGUCACCGAUAUGGGAAGCACAGAAUCAAAUUGACUGGGAAGAGGGCAUCUCUCUGGGGAGUGAUCCCAGAGUUGUGCCCAGGACUCUUAGACAUCCAGAAGCACAACUUCAACCAUUGCAGGUAUCACAGCUUCAGUCCAGGAAGCCCUAGAGCCGAGAGGAAAGCUCAGAAGAGGCUGCCCAGCAGGGCCUAGGCUAGCCAUUACCAGCCCAGAGCCAGAUCGCUCUAGUGAUCCUGUAAGCAUGUGCCCUUCAAACCAGCAAAGUAAAGCAGAUAUGUCCUUGGCACCAAAAGGCAUAGCAACCUUGAUGCCAGAAUUUCAGGACAUCCUGGCAGCACCUGUAACCAUUGUCCCUUUCUACCCACCCAACCCCAUUUACAGUGGUUAAAAUUGCUGCUGCUUUUUCCAUGCCACUUAGUUUGGAUUUGCGCAGUUAUUUGGCUGAAGCCCAGACAAUUAGCUUUUUGAGUGGGGGUAUGAAUGCAUAGUGCCUGUUCCUGACAGCUCAGCCCUGGAGUAAGGUGGGACUGGGCAUUUUCCCUACAGUUGCUUUCCGGAUGCUACUGCUAUUAGCAACCUUGAAAGGAAAAGAAAAUAGGUCACAGAAUUUCCACCAGACCCCACUAGUGCUAAGGAAAAGCUGAAGCCCAGGGAAUCCCCACUCUCUUCCCUCUGGGCCAUGUGCCCCAAUGACACAGAUGGAGAUGGUAUCAGAACUGUUCUGGGCCAGUGGCUAAGAAGCCCAAUCAUGUUCUAUUUUGUAUAGCGCUGUUUUGGUAUGACUACAGAUGAGAACAUCAUAACUUAAGUAGCAAGUUCUUUCACUCACGGUGAAAUGAAGACCUUGAAGCUUAGUCUCCAGCCAUUAAGAGAUGGCCUAUGAUCUGUCUCCCAGCCCAAAUCAGGCAUGUGAGGGGGAAUCUGAGAGCACUUAAGCAGCAAUGGAGAAUCCAGUACCCUCUUGUCCCCCAUGCCCUUCCCAUGUGCUUUUCUGCAGACAGUAACUUGACAGUAAGCUGAGGUAAUGUCCCUAAGCUCUGUCUUCCCAUCACUGCGGCUGCAUGCUCCUCCCCAUGGCCCAGCCUUCACAGGUACUGCUGGGCAUAGUGGAAAUCAUAAUAAAGAGAUUGUGAUGCUGU